AUGGCUUCCAUGGUGUAUUGCAUAUUACAGCCUCAACGUAACCUUAGAAAACUCGCGGUUAUUAUUCCAGGUUGGCAAUAUUCAUCAGUUCGAAAACUACACCAUAUUUUACCUCUUGCUGUUUAUAAAUCGAAGCCUCAGCAGGAAUGCCAACUUAGUUAUAGUGCCAGUUGUCAGUGGAGAAGACAGCUACAUCUUACUUCAGCUAAACUGGGUGAAAUUGUGCAGUUUAAGCUGGCUGACAUUGGGGAAGGUAUUAAGGAAGUCAGCAUAAAAGAAUGGUUUAUCAAUGUUGGAGAUACUGUUGCCCAGUUUGACAGCAUCUGUGAGGUCCAGAGUGAUAAAGCAUCUGUGACAAUCACCAGCCGAUAUGAUGGUAUUGUUCGACGUGUUUAUUAUGAUAUAGAUCAAGUGGCCACAGUUGGGUCAGCCUUGGUUGAUAUUGAAUUGGAAGGAAGUGCAGAAACUAAAGAACCUGUGGAUACUCUUGAUGAAGAAGACGGUUCAAAUGCUGAACAAAUAAGGCAUAAGCUUUAUGUGCUUAAAUCUCUGGCAACUCCUGCUGUAAGAAGAAUUGCCAUGGAGAAUAAGAUUCAACUUGGUGAUGUUCAAGGAACUGGCAAAGAUGGAAGAAUAUUAAAAGAAGAUAUUUUACACCAUAUUGAGAAUCUCAAAAGAGGACCAAAAGAACCCAUGGUAAAAACAGCCCCUCCUCCUCCUCCGUCUCCAUCACCUUCUGCAAGUAAGCCGGUCCAAAAGUCACCUCCACGUCCUUUUCAGCCAGUUGUUGCAAUUGGGAAAGAUACAACUGAACCAAUUCGAGGAAUUAAAAAAGCCAUGGUACAAAGCAUGAACAAGGCACACACAAUUCCUCAUUUUGGAUAUUAUGAUGAAAUAGAUAUGACAAAGCUAGUCCAGUUACGAUACGACCUGAAAUCUGCUUGUAAAGAAAGAGGAAUUAAGCUCUCUUACAUGCCAUUUAUUAUUAAGGCUGCUUCGAUGGCACUUCAUCAUUAUCCUGUAUUGAAUGCCUCAGUUGAUGAAAAAUGUGAGAACCUUAUUUAUAAGGCUGCUCACAAUAUUGGGGUUGCAAUGGACACUCCUAAUGGGUUGAUCGUUCCAAAUGUGAAAAACGUUCAAAACUUGUCAGUUUAUGAGAUUUCAGUAGAUUUGAACCGACUACAAAAUUUGGGCGCUGAUGGUAAACUUGGUACAACUGAUCUCAAAGGUGGAACCUUCAGUCUUUCUAACAUCGGAAGUAUUGGUGGAACAUAUGCUCGUCCAUUGAUUAUGCCACCUGAAGUUGCAAUUGGAGCCCUAGGGAAAAUAUCGGUGCUUCCUCGAUUCAACUAUAAUGGAGAUUUGAUAAAAGCACAUAUCAUGCAAGUGAGUUGGUCUGCAGAUCACCGCGUUAUAGAUGGUGCUACAAUGGCACGGUUUUCAAAUCUCUGGAAAAGUUAUUUGGAGAAUCCUUCCACAAUGUUGCUAGACACCAAGUAG